AUGGUGCAGCCUGAGCAGCCACACUAUAAAGUUGCUUUUAUAACAGGAAUAACUGGACAGGAUGGGUCCUACUUACUAUUAUUGUUGAGCAAGGGCUAUCAAGUACAUGGUGUGAUUAGAAGGUCUAGUUUUAAUACGGGUAGAAUCAGUCAUUUAUAUGAUGAUCCUGCACUCCGCACAGGAGGAGGUCUUCAUCUACAUUAUGGUGACUUAACUGAUAGUUCAUCACUUGUAAAGCUAAUAUCAGAGAUUCGACCUCUUGAAGUCUAUAACUUGGCUGCUCAGAGUCAUGUCAAGUUGUCCUUUGAUUUAAGUGAAUAUACAGCUGAUGUAGAUGGUGUUGGUACUCUACGUCUUCUUGAUGCUAUAAGAACAUGUGGUCUCGAAAAGCACAUCAAAUUUUACCAGGCCUCUACUAGUGAACUGUUUGGUAAAGUACAGGAAAUACCUCAAAAGGAGACAACACCAUUUUAUCCUCGUUCUCCUUAUGCUGCAGCAAAGUUAUAUGCAUACUGGGUUGUUGUCAACUAUCGUGAAGCUUAUGGUAUGUUUGCUUGUAAUGGCAUACUUUUCAAUCACGAGAGCCCUAGAAGAGGAGAAAACUUUGUCACUCGUAAAGUGACUCGAAGUGUAGCUCAGAUUUAUCUUGGCCACAGACAAUCAUUUUCUUUGGGAAAUUUAGAUUCCAAACGGGACUGGGGGCAUGCACGAGAUUAUGUUGAAGCUAUGUGGUUGAUGUUACAACAAGAUGAACCUGAUGACUUUGUUAUAGCUACUAAUAGAACUCACAGUGUGCGACAUAUGGUUGAAUUAUCCUUCAAAGAAAUUAAUAUGGAAAUCAUUUGGCAGGGUAAAGGUACAGAGGAACAAGGAAUAGAGAAAGCAACUGGAAAAGUACGGGUCACAAUUGACCCCAAGUAUUACCGUCCAACUGAAGUGGACUUGCUAUUGGGAGAUGCAUCUAAAGCUAAAGAAAAAUUUGGUUGGGAACCCAAGAUAAAAUUUGAGGAUCUUGUUAAAGAAAUGGUCAAGGCUGAUAUUGAACUACUUGGUAAAAACCCAACAGCUUAA